CUGCAUGUGUGUGUGAGUGUGUGCGCGCGUAUCUGUGAGCUCGUGCGCAGGUAGAAGCUCCCCUCAGCUCGGCCAGCUCUCGCGCUCUGUUACAAGCGCAGUGUGUGCAGUGUGUGCAGCUCGGCUGGCCUCCCCUCCGCGCUGAAUGGACUAGAUUCCCCCCAGCCACGUAAGAAGCACAGCGGCACCACGGGAGAGAGGAUGUCCUGCUAAAUCAAGGGAUAGGCCUGGGAAAGUCGGCCGGCCGUCCCUUCCUUCCUUCCAGCAGCAGACACACGACACUGACGACACUUUUCCUCAUUUGGAGAGCACGGAGAGAAAGAGAGAAGACGUCGACUCCUGCAUACAAAGACAGCUACAGCAGUUUUCCGGAUGGGGUUUUCUGCUCCUAUGGUAGAUGACAAUCACCGUGCAUGGAUAAUAUGAUCCCUGGGAACAAGGCCGUGCACUGACCUGUAGAAGCAUCGACGGAUUUGUGAUAUUGCACUACAAAGUGGUUCCCCUAUCGAAGAGGAGUCGAAGACCAAGGAAAGGAGGAAAGGCCCCCCAGCUUUUGUGGAGUUAUCACACUUUUUCCUCAUGAACAUACAGAGGUCAAAUCCAAUUAACAUUUCACGUUAUGGGAGAUCACGGCACAAAUCGCAUGAUUUCGAAGAGUUAUCUUGCUUAAGGACUACAGAAUCGCACCAGAGUUUCAGUCCCAACCUCGGGUCCCCCAGCCCGCCGGAGACCCCGGACUCGUCUCACUGUAUCUCCCGCAUCGGGGACUACCUUUUGUUGGAACCACUGGAGGGAGACCACGUUUUCAGAGCCGCCCACCUGCACAGCGGGGAAGAGCUCGUAUGUAAGGUGUUUGACAUCGGCCGGUACCAGGAGUCUCUGGCGGCCUACUUCGCCCUCGGUCAGCACCAACACAUUAACCAAAUCCUGGAGAUAUUGCUCGGAGAGACCCGAGCCUACGUAUUCUUUGAGAGAAGCUAUGGCGACAUGCACUCUUUUGUCCGCACCUGCAAGAAGUUGCGGGAGGACGAAGCAGCCAGACUCUUCUAUCAGAUAGCCUCGGCUGUGGCACAUUGCCACGACAACGGACUGGUCCUUCGUGACCUGAAACUACGGAAGUUUGUCUUCAAGAACGAGGACAGGAGCCUUGUAAAGCUGGAGAGCCUUGAGGACACUUAUAUCCUGGAUGGUCAUGAUGACUCCCUGUCAGACAAACAUGGCUGUCCUGCUUAUGUCAGUCCCGAGAUCCUCAAUGCCAACGGCAGCUAUUCGGGGAAGGCAGCUGAUGUCUGGAGCUUGGGCGUCAUGCUUUAUACAAUCCUCGUUGGGCGCUACCCUUUCCAUGACGUUGAACCCGGCUCUCUGUUCAGCAAAAUCCGCAGGGGCCACUUCAACAUCCCCGAAACACUCACACCCAAGGCCAAGUGCCUGAUCCGCUCCAUCCUCCGCCGAGAACCCGCAGAGCGCCUCACCUCUCGGGAGAUUUUGGAGCACCCCUGGUUUGUCUCCUCUGGGGGGGCUGCGGUGCAUUGCAGAGGAGAAAGAGAGCAGGAGCAGAUGGUGCCUGAGGUGAACAUGGAGGAAGAGCUGGAACAGUUCUUCAGCUGAGCAAACAGCAAGCACAAACGGACGACUCCGCCAAGGUUGGCUCACCAUGCUAACAGCAGAGCCAAAAACAGUAGUUUAGAGAUUAAUAGGUGAACAUUUGUCACUCAUAAUAAAGGUGUUUCCAUCCUAUUUCCUUUUCCACCAUUUCAUGGAAAACCUUGAGCCUGGCAUGACAAAUGGCAUCUCUACGUCACCUGGCGAGGCACCUCCCGAUCGGGGAAGUUGCCGCCAGACAUGCAAGUUGCAAACGAUGUAGCAAAAUGUUCUUUUUUUGUGGAUCUGUUUUGGUUUAAUGUGGUGCUCAUAGAGGUAGACACAUUCACCAUUUUUGACACUAUGGAAAGCAUGAAGGGACAUUAGAAAACAGGAAACCAAGGAGAGCAGUUCCAAACAAACUGACAAACUGCAACACCACACCUUACUUAGUUUUUUUUUUUUUGUUUGUCCUAGCUUGAGGUGCUUAAAAUUGAAACCACAGACCCUGGGCCAGACAUAACAACCACAAGUUCUUAUGGUGAACAAAUACAAGGUGAUUAUCCCUGACCUUGGAUUAGUGGUUUGUAAAUGGAGCAGCUUUGGCUUUUACUUAUCAUUAUCAUCCACAACAUGGUCGACCUCGUCUUUGUUUUGUAUUUUUUUCCGUAUUCGUUUAUUUUAUAUUAGUAUUAAUGCUGACAUCAUCACAAAACCCCUUGAUGGCCUUGUUUUCAGUCAUUUUUAGGUUUCUGCAUCCUCCAUCUCUUUAACACUUUUCACCAUUUUCACCCUCAGUUUAUGUUUCAGUGACUUUUUAAACAAGUCAUUUCUUUUGUUUUGAUUUAAGCUAUUCCACUCUGUUGUUACUGCUGCUUUAAAAAUCACUCCCUAAACCUCAAUCUUCAAAUGUUUUUUUUUCUUGGUAAGCCUCCAAACAUGGCAUCAUGCACUUGAUGUGUUGGGUGAAUGGACAAUUCCACCUUAAAAUUAGCUUCCUCUUAUUUAAAUUCAUUCUUCAGUUGUAGGAAGGAGAACGUAACAUUUAUUUAAAUUGUAACAACUAUAUAUAUAAAUCUAAAAAAUAUAUAUAAAUAAAUAUAUAUUUAAAACUACAUUGCAGGGUUUUUCUUUUUUCAGAGAUUCCUUUUUCAUGUAUGAUGUAGGCAAUAUCUUGACACAGGACAGGCACAAAGAGGAAAACGUCUGUCUGAAGUUUUCGUAUACACAAUAUCUUCUGUGCCAGUAUUCUGGUGCCCCCGACAAGCCCCAUGCCACCCGGUCUCCCUCAUUUCCUUUUUCAAAACUUGAUAUGAGAUAUUCAGUGAUAGUAUUGCUAUGACAUGCUCACUCCAGGACCUCAUGUUAGUUUUCUACUGCCUGCGUAGGUUCUGUGAAACGAUCACACUCGGAAUGGGUACCAGUGGACAUGUUUUGUCGUAUCUCAAUGUUACUUGAAUUUGUGUUUUUAAACUAGUCAAUGGCAUGUGCCCCAUGAAUGCUAUAGCCUGCCUAGCAGGGGGAGGGAGGAGGGGUGGGGGGAGGUGGGUGCUUGUUUUUUAAGAAAAGUUAAAAACAUGAAAAUUCUCACUUUGCUACUUUUCUGAGUUGCUUUUCAUUAAGAAAAAAAAACCUACUAUUGCUUUUUAUUGUUUUUUGUAGACUGAGCUACCUUUUAUUUAAGUUGGUGCUGAUUUGGUGCUAAUGUUUAGUCCUUUUUGUUUCAUGGAGGGGGUGGUGCAUGGUGGGAUAUCUGCCUCAGAUGUUCUGAUUGUAUUGUAACAGAUUCUGGUGUUUUGUCCAAAUUAAUUCAGUAAAUAAAUUGUGAACUGCUA